UAUAGAUUAGGAGAAAGAGAAAAAGAAGAGGUAAUAAGGAGAAGAGAGAGAGAGAGGAUCCGAUGAGCCCCUCUCUUCGUUCGUUUUCGAUUCUCAUGUAUUGAGGAGAUAGACGAUUCUUUGGAUUUCGUGUUGGGAAUCGCCUCAGAUCGGUAGGUGGUGUCCUCUCUCUUCGCAAGCUGAUGCAUUGGAUACUGAAAAAAUUGGAUUUUGAUUCAUGGCUCUUCGUUAUUUUGCUUCGGUGUUGUUGUUUUAGAUCGGAUCUGAUUGAUAGCAGUGGUUUUGAUUGAAGUUGGGUUGUGUCAUGUGUUACCUUGAUUGUUAAACUGUGUAGUUAUUGUGAAUUCAAUUGUGGAACUGCAGGGGGAGGAGAAUGGAGACCGAUCAUGGCAAGCUAUUUAUCGGGGGCAUCUCCUGGGAGACGAAUGAGGACCGCCUUCGCGAGUACUUCCAGAGCUUCGGUGAGGUGGUGGAAGCCGUCAUCAUGCGGGACCGAACCACCGGCCGCGCUCGCGGUUUCGGCUUCAUCGUGUUUGCUGAUCCGUCCGUCGCAGAGAGAGUCGUCAUGGAGAAGCAUAUGAUCGACGGUCGCAUGGUGGAGGCCAAAAAAGCUAUUCCUCGGGACGAUAAUCAGGCCCUUAACAAGAGCAACGGUAGCAUCCACGGUUCUUCUCCCAGCCCGGGCCGCACCAAGAAGAUAUUUGUGGGAGGCCUGCCGUCCACCGUGACCGAGGCCGACUUCAAGCAGUACUUUGAUCAGUUCGGGACCAUCGUCGAUGUUGUCGUGAUGUACGAUCACAACACGCAGAGGCCGAGGGGCUUUGGGUUCAUCACAUUUGACUCGGAGGAUGCCGUGGAUCGGGCACUGCUCAAAACCUUUCAUGAGCUGAAUGGUAAGAUGGUCGAGGUGAAGAGGGCUGUGCCGAAAGAAUUAUCCCCCGGGGUCAACACGCGCUCUCCUAAUGUGGGUUAUAACUAUAACUAUGGUAUGAGUAGGGGUAAUAGCUUUCUUACUGGAUACAACCAGGGGCUCAGUCCGAGCUCUAUAGGAGGUUAUGGAAUGAGGAUGGACGGCAGACUUGGGCUGCUAGCUGGCGCGCGCAGUAAUGGUUACUCUUUGUUUGGCCCUGGAUACGGAAUUGGAAUGAAUUUUGAGCCUGGAAUAAAUCCAAGUUUUGAUAGAAGCAGAAACUUUAAUAAUAACCUUAAUUAUGGGCAGCAAUUGAACCCUUAUUAUGGUGCGAGUUCAAGUAGGUUUAAUAGUAAUAGUGGCUACAGUGGGGGUAGUGAUAUUACCGGGUCGAUGUUUUCUUCAGUGGCUCGUAAUAUAUGGAGUGAUGGCAGUCUUAACUAUACUACCAACUCUUCCAAUUCCUUUACACCAUCUGGAAGUGGAAAUAUAGGUAGAUUUGUAAAUAACAGUGCAAACUGGGAGAGUCGGAUCUCUUCUCAUGGGCUGGGGGGUUACGGAGUUGGGGAGAAUAGGUCCGGUCUUGAUGCCACUAACUAUGGAAUGAAUAGUGGGAGUGGCGCUGUUAAUACUUCUUUCAAUCUAUCAGGCAAUGGCAAUGCAGAUUCCUAUGGUGGUAGCAGCUCAAUUUAUGGGGAUACAACCUGGAGAUCUGCAUCGUCUGAGCUUGAUGGGUCUGCUCCAUUUGGUUAUCGGCUUGGCAAUUAGUAAGCUAGAAAAUAGAGGUAUUGCUUCCUAGGGGAAUAUUCUUUUACUACAGAGUUUUCCAUAGUUGAAGAAAUCCAGCAAAUCGGGUGAGUAUUGUGGAUUAUUUAGGCUAAUCAGAGAGUUGGUUUGUAAAACUUGAGUUUCAGACGACUCGAAACAUUUAGGAUUUUGCUAUAGAAGUUUGAGAAUUUACUACAAUGAGUAGGUUGUUGUUUUGUUUUUCUGAUUGUGACGUGAAAUUAGAUUGCGGGAUAUAUAAAGAUGAGUGUUCAAUAUAUUCCGGCAUCACGCCAUAUAGUCUCAUUUAUACCACAAAAAAAAAAAAAAAGAAAAAAAAAUCGGCUGUAAUAUCUAGCAUUUCGCUAGUUGUUGUCGGGACAUUCAUUUUUUUUUUUUACCCCUUUUACUUCCUGUGUUUUGUUAGUGCAGAUGUAACAGAGAUCUGAUUGUUUUACCAGUGAAACUUUUCUGGGAUACCAUCUGUUUAUCCAAUAAUACAGCUCCAACUCAUUGUGAUUCAUUACCAUUAAUAAAAUUUGCUUUUUGUUAACUUUUUUGUUUUUAAAA